UCUUUAAUACAGUCUGAUGUAAACCCAUGGAGCGACAAAAUGAGGCAGAAAAUAAUGAUGUCACACCAGGUGUAUCCAACGUAUUUGCACGAUUGUACUUCUCGUAUGAAGCGUCUGUCGCCGGGAACAUCUGCAAUGUUUGAGGGAGAACAGUUUGAUGUGUUAGAAUUGAUCGGUGAAGGUGGUUUUGCAAAAGUGUUCAGGUGCAACUCUGAAGACGGCAGUACUUAUGCUGUUAAGGUUGAAAGUCCUUCUUGUCGUUGGGAGGUGUAUGUAUGUGAAUUGCUUCGACUUCGGUUACCGCAAUGGAUGUUGUCUGGAGUUAUGACAGUGCAUGACGCAUAUGUUUACCCAAACAUGAGUGCAAUCGUUUAUGAGUAUCAUGCCUUUGGAAACCUUUUGGAUCUCGCAAAUUCGUUAAAUUCUAUCAAGUCUACGUCGUCGGGUCUUUUGUGCGUAUAUUUAAGUUGGGAGAUAGCUCGCAUAGUACGAGAAGUUCACAGAGCCCAAAUUAUCCAUGCUGAUCUUAAGCCAGAUAAUUUUAUGGUUUUGCGAAAAUUGAGUGAGAAUUCAACUAUCGAUGAGUUGCUUGAUGAAAGAAGUUUUACCAUUAAAUUGAUUGAUUGGGGCAGGGCGAUCGAUAUGUCUGCUUUAAAAGGUCAAACUUUUACUGGCAGGGCUGGGACGGAAUGUUUUGACUGCUUUGAGAUGAUGGAUGGGCGUCCAUGGACUUAUCAGAUUGAUUUCUUCGGCUUUAUUGCUACUAUGCAUGUUCUUCUUUUUGGGUCUUACAUGAAAACAAUGAGAAAUGAAGAGACUAGGAAAUAUUCUAUGCUUUCUGUAAUUAGGAGAAGGUGUAGCCAACGUGACGUUUUGCAAGAUGUAUUUCAAAUGUGCAUGAACAUUGAAGAUUGUGACCAUAUGCCAGAUUGGACUACUAUUAUCAAUGGAUUCGCUGAAAGCAUUAGAUAUGCACUAAAUAAUAACCGGAUGGAGUGGAAAAUCUGCGCUCGGGAGUUCAAUGAAGCAGUCAGUAGAAGAUGUUUGAAGAAAUAA